ACUCAAAACGUCAAAAUCACCGCUGAGUAGUUCUGUUCGAUCGGUUUUCUUUGCUUUCACCAGGCGAUGGAUAAUCGCUUUUAGCUGUUUUCGAAAAAAUAAAAUUUCCACCAGCAAAUAAUCUAUCAAGUGGUGCAAAAUGCGAGUUCUAGUUAAAAUUGCAAUCCUGAUUGCAAUUUCCCUUUGCUUGUUCCAUCAUGUCCAAAGCCAGGCCAAGGGGAAAGGCUCGCAGACCCUGUCGGAAAAGGUGCAGCAAUUGCUGGACAUGAACGCGAAACGACCGGUUAUGCGCUUCAACGGGAAUCGUUUCCGGGACUUUGUCAAAUCGGCCCCACGGAAUUACUCGAUGGUCGUAAUGUUCACUGCCAUGGCCCCGGCUCGGCAAUGUGUUAUCUGUCGGCAUGCCCAUGAUGAGUACACGAUAGUGGCCAAUUCCUACCGGUACUCGCAGACCUACUCGAACAAGCUGUUCUUUGCGAUGGUCGACUUUGACGAGGGUUCCGACGUGUUCCAAAUGUUGCGCCUGAACACAGCCCCGGUUUUCAUUCACUUCCCGGCUAAAGGCAAGCCAAAACCGGCCGAUACCAUGGACAUUCAACGGGUGGGCGUGUCGGCCGAGGUUAUCGGCAAGUGGAUCCAGGAGCGUACCGACAUCCAAAUAAGAAUCUUCCGGCCACCGAAUUACUCGGCCACCGUUGCCAUUUUGAUGCUGACGGCCUUCGUUGGAGGGUUCCUCUAUCUGCGCCGGAACAACCUGGACUUUUUGUACAACAAACAGAUGUGGGGCUUUCUGGCAGUCAUCUUCUGCUUCGCCAUGGUCUCCGGCCAAAUGUGGAAUCACAUCAGAAGCCCGCCGUUCGUCCACAAGGGACAGAAUGGAGGAAUCGCUUACAUCCACGGGUCAUCGCAGGGACAGUUGGUGAUCGAGACGUACAUUGUGAUGUUCUUGAAUGCAAUGAUUGUUGCUGGCAUGAUUCUGCUGACUGAGUCCGGCUGGCAAAGUGAUCCCCGAAAAGGGAAAAUUGCCGCCAUAGUCGGCUUAGUACUGGUUGCAGUUUUCUUCUCGUUGAUCCUGUCGAUCUUCCGGUCGAAGGCUCAAGGAUAUCCGUACAGCUUCUUGUUCAAAUAACUUGGAGUCGUUUGAGUGCAAUGAAUAUCCUACGAAAAGUGUUGACAGCGAAACACAUUGCAGUAAAAGAGUGCGAGUGUAGAAUUUGUGAGCACCAGUUUGGCACGAAUGUGUAGGAAAACCCUACGUAAUCGAAUGCGUUAAGUACUAAUUGUAACAAACCGAAAUCACCAAGGAAAUCACAUUGAUUUACACAUUACCUAUUAUGCUAGUGAGAACUAAUGAAUUAGUGCAAAAAAUCUGUUCCGUCAAUACCAUCUGGAAAUAAUUAACUUUAUUGUUUGUUUAGUGUUUCAAAUUUACUGCGGAAUUUAUACUUCGGUAUUUUACGGAAUAAAACUUGACGGGGUCUCACGUAUAAGGCCUUUUAGGGGUUACAAAAAAGA